AUGGAUUCUCCCAUAUUGCAUCUGGAUAUACAAAGCAUAUUAGAAAAAAUUCAAAAAUGUGCCCAAGAACUGUCUCGUUUCAAAGAUGAUUCUUUGUUGUAUAAGCAGAUGACUGGAUUGGAUUCUUUAGAAGCUGCAGUUCUUCAGACAGAAUCACAGCUUAUGAAUACUUGUACUCAGAUAGAUACUCUUUUCCCAAUGCUUGAGCAACUUCGCCCAGUAAGCGAAGAAUUAAAGGGUUUAUAUGAGCACAUUGACGAGUUAGAGAAACGGGUAGAGUUGUUAAAAAAAAGUACAAAAUACAUAGAAAAAGAAAUACAGAAAAUCAAGCAUGCAUUGAAAGAAGAAGAACGGUCUAUUCGAGAUGGAACACCCAGACUUCUAUGGCAGAGCAGUACUCCAGUGCAACAUCAAUCCAACGGAUGA